CAUCAUUCUUUAAUAAAGGUUGUAUUGAAUACAUUAAUUUUCUUUCAAUAAUACUGUAGCUUUAAAAUAUUUUAGUAAAUGUGUAUUAAUAUUUGCUCAAAUUUUUUAUUAGUGUCUUAUAAUAAUGUAUGCCAUUUACAUAAUACACGUUUGGACUUCGGACUGAGGAAGUGGUGUCGAAGUGGAAGUGAUGGCCUCCUCUUCCUCUUUGUUUUCAUCCAACCACCAUCAACUCCUCUCCUUAACAAAACUAAUAACAACACACGUAAACAAUUCCCGUCACAAACAAGCCCUUACAAUCUUCCACCACAUGCACUCCACUCUUCUCAUCACACUCGACCCACACGUCUUCACUCUCGCUCUCAAAUCCUGCACCGCCCUCAAUCUCCCCUUCCUCGCCACUUCCAUCCACUCUCACCUCAUUAAAUCCUCAUUUCUUUCAACCAACCCAUUCCUCUCUUCCUCCCUCAUCAACCUCUACGGUCACUGCAUUUCUCUCACUUCCGCACGUAAACUGUUUGAUGAAACUCCUCACCCAAAUGUCGUCAUUUGGAACUCCAUCAUUUCACUUUACUCCCAUUCCCAUCAUGUUACCACUGCACUUAAACUAUUUAAUGUCAUGCAUGUACCUCCUAAUGAAUCCACUUUUAACCCGAUUAUUGCCGCCUUGUCGACGUCAAAUCAGGACGAUUCCUCGUUUAAAGCUAUAUGGUUUUAUAGGAAGAUGUUGGAUUUAAAACUGAAGCCGCGUUUGAUAACGCUUUUGGCCCUUCUUCCGGCUUCUGUUUCGUUGGCAGCAUUGAAUUUGAUUAAAGAGAUUCAUGGUUAUGCGAUAAGGAAUGAUAUUGAUGAACAUCCUCAGUUGAGUAGUGGGUUUAUUGAAGCUUAUGGGAGAUGUGGUUGUUUGAUGAAUUCGCGGAAAGUUUUUCAGAGGAUGAGGGGAUGUGAUAAGGAUGUGGUUGUUUGGAGUAGUUUAAUAUCUGCUUGUGCAUUGCACGGCGAAGCGAGGGAAGCGUUGGAGGUUUUUCGAGAAAUGGAGGUUUCGGGUGUGAAGCCGGAUGGGAUAACUUUUCUUGGUGUUUUGAAGGCUUGUAGUCAUGCUGGGUUAGAUGAUGAGGCUUUGUGUUGUUUUAUGAGGAUGCAUAGGGAUUAUGGUGUUGAGCCAAAUAGCGAACAUUAUUCUUGUUUGGUUGAUGUUUUGAGUAGAGCUGGGAGAUUGUAUGAAGCUUAUGAGGUUAUUAAAGGGAUGCCUGUGAAGGUUACUGCUAAGGCAUGGGGUGCUCUUCUUGGUGCUUGUAGGAAUUAUGGAGAGUUGGAGUUGGCCGAGAUUGCGGGGAAGGCUUUGGUUGAGGUUGAGCCGGAUAAUGCUGCGAACUAUGUUCUGUUGGCUAAGAUUUAUGCCAGUGUUGGGAGACAAGAGGAAGCUGAUAGAAUGAGAAGGGAAAUGAAAGAGAAGGGAGUGAAGGUGACGAGUGGUAGUAGCUGGGUUGUGUAUUCUGAGUCGUGAUGAGAUUUAUUGCAUGUGUGAAAGUGAAAGCAUGGUUUUAAAAUAUGGCCACAUGUGGAAUUCUGAAUAUUAAAAAUGGCAUAUAACUACGGUCGAUUGAUGUGGCUACAAUUGUAGUUGAGGAGGCCUUUAAAAGGUUGAUCUUGUGUUGUGGCUACAGUUGCUUUUGUAGACCGUAAUGUAAAAUCUUGAUUCAUGUGGCGAAAAUUGCAUUCAUGGAUGAGAUGCAGUAUUUAAUAUUGUUGAACAUCAGACAAAUAUUGCUGGUGUCGAUGCAAUCGAAGUUGCAAAGAUCUCGAGAAUCUAUUGAUGUUUUGGCCACAUUUGCUUUCGCUUACUGUAACUUUAAGGACAAAAUUUAUCUACAGUAUCACAGAUGUUGUUGUGCACUAAUAAAUACUCUUUGGAGGCAUAAAAUGUUGGGACCAGGGACUCAGCUAAGUACAAGGCGAUGGGGGCAAUUGCCCUAUUGAUAAUUUUGUCCCUUUAGCAUACAUAUUCAUUAAAAUAUUGUAGACUAUUUUUUUUCACCACCACACUCUAAAAACAUUUGUGUCUAUUCUUUUUUGGGACAGUCAUGAUUUAUGAGCUCUGACUAGUUACGAGCAUUUGUUGCUAGUUUUACUAGAAAAACAACACCUAUAGUAAUGUAGGUAAGUUUUGUCCUAAUUUGAAAUCUUGUUGUCAAGUAAUGUAUUUUCUCCAUACCCAUUUUUGUCU